AAGGAAUUGACUUUGAUAAACUAAAGUAAAGUCCUCGUCGUUCUUUCUCAUCAAUUUCUUGUGCUAGGGCUACUCGAUUCAGGUGUAUGCUGUUAAGCGAUGUUCAGUCUUCGUCGUUUUUUCUCAUCAAUUUCUUGUGUAAGCUGCAUAUCCUUCAUCUCAUUCAUGUCGGCCAGUUCACCAUCGGAUGCAAGCCGAAAGGAGACCGACGGUAGCACUGGUCGGGUUCAUGUCUUCAGUGGAAAACCAGACAGGUUUGAAGGGCUAACGGUGGAAAUCAAGGAGACCAUGGACGCUGAGACAUUCACUAGCCGCCUCAGAACUUCAAUUGAUGAUUGGAAGAAACAGGGGAAGAAGGGCAUCUGGAUCAAUUUGCCCAUUGAACAUGUCAACCUUGUUGAACCUGCAGUGAAGGAAGGAUUCAAGUACCACCAUGCUGAAGAAAAUUACUUGAUGCUGAAGCAUUGGCUUGCUCCUGAGAAAAGUACCAUCCCUAUUUAUGCCUCCCACAGGAUUGGCGUGGGUGCUUUUGUCAUGAAUGAUGAUGGAAAGGUGCUUGUAGUCCAAGAGAAGGGUGGAAAGCGUGUAUGGAAGCUCCCCACUGGAGUUGUUAACGAGGGCGAGGAUAUAUGGUGUGGAGCUGUGAGAGAAGUAAAGGAAGAGACAGGAGUAGACACUGAAUUUGUUGAGGUCCUCUGUUUCAGGGAAAGCCACCAAUCAUUCUUCACAAAAUCAGAUUUGCUCUUCCUGUGCGUGCUUCGGCCUAAAUCAACUUUAAUCGAGAAACAGGAAGUAGAGAUCGAGGCGGCUGAGUGGAUCCCGAUCGAGGAGUAUGUACAGCAGUAUCCUCCCGAGAAAAAGGACCAGUUCUAUGAGAUGGCACAGAUAUGCUGGGAGAAGGCAAAGGGCCAGGGCUGUCCCGGUUUCACACACUUUAAGAGCAAAACGGGUAGCGGAAAGCCUUGUUACAUAUACUCGAACAAGCCUGGAAAGCUGUAGUAGCACUAGCAGCAUCUGAAGCUUACUUCGGUUUCUGCUUAUGCCACGAAAUUAAUACAUCAAUCUAAACUAUAUGCGUCUCCUUUCUCUUCGCUUGUAUUAUCUGUCUUUGUAUUCCCCAAAAUAAAAUUUCCUCUGGGAAGGAAAGAGGCAGCGUUUAUAAUAUAUUUCAUGAUUAUUCCUGGUUUUAAA